AUGUGCCUUGAGAAACGAUUACACAAAGAGCCCGAACUAGCAGCAAAUUUAGAUUCACAAAUCUCCGAUUAUUUACGACAAGGAUAUGUGCGCAAACUUACAAGUGAUGAUUUACAAAACUAUAAAGGCAACCGAAUCUGGUAUCUUCCCAUUUUCCCCGUUUUAAAUCCCAACAAGCCAUCAAAGGUGCGAAUGCAAUCUGUGGUGAUAAAAGAAAUGUUCCACCAAGUGCUUGUGGAAGAAGCUGAUCAACACGCUCAAAGGUUCCUGUGGAGAAGCAAGGAAACAGGAAUAAUAGAAGACUACGCUAUGAACGUACUAACUUUCGGUGCCACAUGCUCACCAUACUGUGCAGAUUAUGUGAAAAACAAAAAUGCAAUGGAACAUUCUGAAAAGUUUCCCCGAGCAGCAGAAGCCAUUAUACGGAAUCAUUAUGUCGACGAUUUUUUAGACAGUUUUGACACCCCAGAAGAAGCAAUGCGCAUAACAAACGAAGUCAUAUACAUUCAUCAACAGGCUGGCUUUGAAAUAAGAAACUUCAUGAGCAACUGUGAGAGUGUAGUAGCAGCUCUAGGAAAAAAUGCAGCCGAUUCUGCAAAGCCAUUUAAAAACCGUUCAAGUCCUUACGAAUUUGAAAAAGUUUUAGGGAUGUGGUGGUCACCGUUAACUGACCAAUUUUCAUUUUUAUUUAACAGCAAAAAUUUUGAUAAAGAGAUCCUAGAGGGCUUAUUUCCCCCGACUAAACGAAUUGUUUUGCGCGUGCUUAUGAGUACCUUUGACCCACUUGGUCUAAUUGGGCAUUUCUUGAUGUUUCUAAAAAUUUUAUUGCAAUCUAUUUGGCGUGAGCGUAUAAACUGGGAUGAACCAAUACAUGAAGCGCACUUUGAACUUUGGAAAAAGUGGCUGAAUUUGCUACCUACAAUUAGAGAAAUCAAAAUAAGAAGACCUUAUCUUAAUAACUUGAAGUUUGAUGCUGAAUCUACAGUAGAGUUACAUGUUUUUGUAGACGCUAGCCUGUCAGGAUUUGCUGCGGUAUGCUACUUGAGAGUACAACGUGGCACAUCUAUUCAAUGUAAUUUGGUAUGUUCAAAAACGAAAGUAGCUUUUUUAAAACCGAUUUCAGUUCCUAGAAUGGAAUUAGAAGCAGCUGUGUUAGGUGUUCGAUUAGCACAAACUGUCAUUAAUGGACACUCAAUUCAAAUAAAUAGGCGUUACUUCUGGUCAGAUUCUCAGUCAGUAUUAUUUUGGAUAAAAAAUGAUAAUCGAAAGCUUAAACAGUUUGUUACAUUUAGAGUUGGUGAAAUACUAGAAAAUUCGAAUGAAAACGAGUGGCGAUGGGUUCCAAGUGAACAUAACGUAGCCGAUGAUGCCACAAAGUGGAAUCUCAAAGUUGAUUUUUCUUCAGACAGCCGUUGGUAUCGAGGACCAGAUUUUCUCUACAGCCCAAAAGAUUCUUGGCCUUUGAAUCCUAAAGAGGAUACAGGAAAUGAGAUUGAAGUACAUACUCACAUUGACGUUUCUGUAACACCACUACAAAAUUAUAUGCAGUUUUCUUCAUGGGAAGAAACGGUCACUGCAGUUUCAUAUGUUUUUAAAUACUUCUGUAUAUUUCUACAGAAAUUCCGCAAACCGGACGAUUGUUUCGAUCUAGGAGAAAGUAAAGGUACGAAAAGUUACCUACUUUGGCUAUGUCAAGACGAAAAUGGUAAUCUAGAUUACGUCAAAGGAGCUGAAACAUAUUUAUAUAUGAUAUGUCAAUCUGAAGGUUAUCCUAAAGAAAUAAAUGCCUUGCAAAAUAAACAGCCAAUUGAAAAAACAAGUUCACUAUACCAGUUGAGUCCUUAUCUGGAUACGAAGGGAGUAAUGAGGGUAAAAGGUCGUAUAGAUGCUUCUAACCAUGUUACUCUUGAUUCAGUAAAUGAAAUACGUCAAUUCUUUUACAUUCCAACUUUAAGAGCAGUCCUAAAAAGAGUUCAAAAUAAUUGUCAAGAAUGUCGCAACAAUAGAGCUAUGCCUGUAGCUCCAAUGAUGUCUGAUCUUCCUGAAGCACGCCUAAAGGCCUUUACCCGACCAUUUACAUAUGUAGGGGUGGAUUAUUUUGGGCCAAUCCUAGUCGCCGUUGGACGACACACCGAAAAACGAUGGGGUGUUCUAUUUACUUGUCUCACUGUGAGAGCUAUUCAAAUCGAAAUAGCACAUAGCCUGUCAAGUGAUUCGUGCAUCCUAGCAAUUAAAAGAUUUUGCGCGAAACGAGGAAGACCGAAGCAAGUCUGGAGUGACAACGGCACAAAUUUCCGAGGAGCUAGUCAAGAACUGAAAACGGCAAUAGAAGAGCUUUGCACAGAAGACAUUUCUAAAAAUCUUGAAAAAGAAAAAAUUGAAUGGAAGUUCAUCCCUCCCACUUCGCCCCAUAUGGGUGGUAGCUGGGAGCGGCUUAUACGAUCAGUGAAACAAGUUUUGGCAAAAAUGCAUAUCGGCCGUAACCCUAAAGACGAAGUUUUGCUUACAAUGAUGGCGGAGGUUGAGUUCAUUAUAAAUUCUAGACCACUUACUUAUAUUCCUAUAGAUACCGACAGUGAUGAGGCGCUCACCCCAAAUCAUUUUUUGAUGGGGUCAUCAAACGGCAUAAGACUUACCGGGGAGCUUUCAAGCGAUGGCCAUACACUCCGCAAACAUUGGCUUGCAUGCGAACAAUACAGUAAUCUUUUUUGGAAGCGUUGGGUGAAGGAAUAUCUCCCCUCUCUCACCAGACGAACGAAAUGGUUCGAACCUGCUAAGCCUGUAUCAGAAGGAGAUAUCGUUUUAAUUGUUGAUGAAAACAACCCCAGAAACACCUGGCCAAAGGGAGUAAUCUUGCAGGCGAACCUAAGCAAAGACGGACAGACGAGAUCAGCAAUUGUGAAGACAGCCACUGGAACAUACACACGACCGGUGGCAAAACUAGCAGUACUUGAUGUAAGACGGUUUGGCGAAGAUGGUAACUGGAAGAAGCCACCAGCUUACCAGGGGGGAGUGUUGCCAAACCUGGCAAUGCCGUAA